CAUCUGUGUUUAUAGAUAAGCAUAGGGAGACGUCUCUCUCUACUUGCCAAGCUUUGUUUUCAUUUCUUAUUUAGUUUUUUUGUUGCAAAUUUGCAAUUCAAAUCCAAUCAUGCAUAUAAACACGACAACAAGGAACCGUCCCCACUAACUCGAACUCCUCACCCGGUUUCACACCAGCUGUAGUGUGUGUAUACUAAUUUAGCAACAUCCUCCUCCUCCACCACCACCACUCACCCAAACUAAUCCACCAAUGGCGAUUGGAUUUAAAUUUCUUCCGGCAAUCAGAAUCCUGCUUCUUCUUCUGGCCGUAGCUGCGGAGAAGGAGACCUACAUUGUCCACAUGGCCAAGUCGGAGAUGCCGGGGGAGUUCGUGGACCACACGCGCUGGUACGACGCGUCGCUGAAAUCGGUAUCCGGCGAGGCGGAGAUGCUCUACACCUACACCAACGUGGUCCACGGAUUCUCCACCCGCCUCACCCCCGACGAGGCCCGCUCCAUGGAGGCCCGACCCGGUAUCCUCUCGGUCCUACCCGAAUCCCGAUACGAGCUCCACACCACCCGGACCCCUUCCUUCCUCGGCCUCGACCAAAACGCCGCGAUGUUUCCCCAAUCCGACUCCGCCAGUGACGUCAUCGUCGGAGUUCUCGACACCGGCGUCUGGCCGGAGAGUCCGAGCUUCGACGACACCGGUUUCUCCGCCGUGCCGACUUCGUGGAGAGGCGAAUGCGAGAUCGGGACCAAUUUCACCAAAUCCAACUGCAAUAAGAAAUUGAUCGGAGCGAGGUUUUUCGCCAGAGGAUACGAGGCCACGCUCGGCCCGAUCGACGAGACGAAGGAGUCGAGAUCGCCGCGCGACGACGACGGUCACGGCACGCACACUUCCACCACCGCCGCCGGAUCUGUCGUCUCCGGCGCAAGCUUGUUCGGAUACGCCGCCGGCACGGCCCGCGGGAUGGCCCCGCGAGCGAGGAUCGCCGCUUACAAAGUCUGCUGGAUCGGCGGCUGCUUCAGCUCCGAUAUUCUAGCCGCCUUGGAUAAAGCUAUCGACGAUAACGUUAAUGUGCUCUCGCUCUCUCUCGGCGGCGGAAUGUCCGAUUUCUUCAGAGACAGCGUCGCCAUCGGAGCUUUCGCCGCCAUGGAGAAGGGGAUCCUCGUGUCCUGCUCCGCCGGAAACGCCGGCCCUACCUCCUACAGCCUCUCCAACGUCGCGCCGUGGAUUACAACCGUCGGCGCUGGGACGCUCGACCGCGAUUUCCCGGCGUUCGUCAGCCUCGGCAACGGGAAGAACUUCUCCGGCGUGUCUCUGUUCAAAGGCGGCGCAUUGCCGGGGAAAUUGCUCCCCUUCGUCUACGCCGGAAAUGUGAGCAAUGCUAGCGACGGCAAUUUAUGUAUGACCGGAUCUCUAAUUCCGGAAAAGGUGCGCGGGAAAAUCGUGCUGUGCGACCGCGGCGUGAAUCCUAGGGUUCAGAAGGGGUCCGUGGUGAAGGACGCCGGAGGCCUCGGCAUGGUUUUAGCCAACACCGCCGCGAAUGGCGACGAAUUAGUGGCGGACGCGCACUUACUCCCCGCCACCACCGUCGGCGAAACCACCGCGAAAGAAAUCAAGGAAUACUUAUUCUCAGAUCCCAAUCCAACAGCAACGGUUCUCUUCGAGGGGACGAAAGUCGGAAUCGAGCCGUCUCCAGUAGUCGCGGCUUUCAGCUCGCGAGGGCCGAACUCGAUCACGCCGCAGAUUCUGAAGCCGGACCUGAUCGCGCCAGGUGUCAACAUCCUAGCCGGCUGGUCAGGAGCGGUCGGCCCCACCGGCUUAGCCGAGGACGCGCGGCGCGUGGGCUUCAACAUCAUCUCCGGCACCUCAAUGUCGUGCCCCCACGUCAGCGGCUUGGCGGCUCUCCUCAAAGCGGCUCACCCGGACUGGAGCCCCGCCGCGAUCAGAUCCGCGCUGAUGACGACGGCUUACACGGCUUACAAAAACGGGAAAGUGAUCCAAGACGUCUCCACGGGAAAACCGUCAACGGCGUUCGAUCACGGCGCCGGACACGUGGACCCCGUAUCAGCCCUUAAUCCGGGGCUGGUCUACGAUUUGGACGCUGAGGAUUACUUGAAUUUCCUAUGCGCGUUGAACUACACCGCCAGCCAGAUCAACAGCCUCGCGAGGCGGAACUUCAGCUGCGUGGCGGGUAAAUCGUAUAGUGUGAAUGACCUAAAUUACCCCUCCUUCGCAGUCAGCCUCGACACACGUGGCGGUGUGGUCAAGCACAAGAGAACUUUGACCAACGUGGGCCCGCCCGGGGCCUACAAGGUCUCCGUGGCGUCAGAUGAUUCGGUAAAGAUCGCGGUGGAGCCGCAGAGUUUGACUUUUGGUCAAAGCAAUGAGAAGAAAUCGUAUUCUGUGACGUUCACGGCGGGGGCGAUGCCGGCGAAUGCCAACGGAUUUGGCCGGAUUGAGUGGUCGGACGGGAAGCGUGUGGUGGGGAGUCCGGUGGCGGUCAGUUGGGUUUAGAUGGGAAGAAAGAUUAAGAAGUGAUUGCUCGCACAAAGAGUGUGGGUUUUGUUUGCUUAAUUAAAUUAAAUUAAAUUAAACUAUAGUCUCUGUGUCUGGUGUUUAAAUUGUUGUUGGGCUUUUUAUUUAUUAAAGUUUGUUUUAGUAUGGGGCAGGACGUGGGAAAUUGAAAAUAUUGGGAAGAUUAAGAUUAAGGUGUUUGAUUUCUUGAUAAGUGUACAGUUCUUGGAUGUCACACACAUGCCGUCAUGUAUCAUGGUACUACUAUAUUAUAAUCUGAAAUGGACAACUUAUUUCUUCCA